AUGGCAUCCUCCAUCUUCCGCGCAUGGACUCCUUUUCUGCGCCUUCAAUUUAGGUCGUUGGGACCUUCAAGAAGGCCGUGGGGGGAUUCAGCACUACGACAUUAUGCGCGCCCCAGUUCUACGAGAGUAUGUCGAUCACCCGAAGCUGAAUUGCCCGCGAUAGUCCUGCGUGAUUACCAAGAAGAAUGCAUUCAAUCGGUCUUAAACCACCUGGACCAGGGCCAUAAACGGCUAGGUGUUUCGCUGGCAACAGGUUCCGGGAAGACAGUCAGUAUGAAACCUAUCCAUGCCAACCAAACAUGUGCUAAUCAACUGGUACUACGACAGGUCAUCUUUACCCAGCUCAUCGGGCGAAUUCCCCCUCGAAAGGAGACAAAUGACAAGACCCUGAUCAUUGUUCAUCGACGCGAGCUUGUCGAGCAAGCAGCCCGACACUGCCGUCUCGCAUACCCGGAUCGGACCGUCGAGAUUGAGAUGGGCAGUAAUGUCGCUUCUGGGGCAGCGGAUAUCGUCGUUGCGUCCGUUCGGAGUCUCAUAUCUCGCGACAGAAUAGCAAAGUUUGAUCCAAGUCGCUUCAAGCUUGUCCUUGUGGACGAGGCCCACCAUAUUGUCGCGCCGUCCUAUCGAACUGUUCUCGAGUAUUUCAGUCUUAACGAGACUUCACCGGACUCUCCCGUGCUCGUUGGGGUGUCAGCGACGCUGUCGCGAUUCGAUGGCUUGAAACUGGGCAGCGCAAUCGAUCACAUCGUCUAUCACAAAGAUUACAUGGACAUGAUUGAUGAUAAGUGGCUUGCCAACACUGUCUUCACCACUGUACAGUCACAUGCGGACCUGUCUCGCGUCAAAAAGGACAGCUUCGGUGACUUUGCCGUCGGCUCUCUCUCCAAAGCUGUUAACACGUCGAUCACCAACGACAUCACUGUGCGUGCCUGGCUCGCCAAUGCGCAGGACCGCCAAUCCACUUUGGUGUUUUGCGUCGACAUCGAACACACCAAACGCCUAACCGAGGCGUUUCGCUCGGCUGGUCUCGAUGCUCGGUAUAUCACGGCGCGUACUCCCAAGAUUGUACGUGACGAGCAGCUGGAUGCCUUCAAAAACCAACAAUUCCCCGUUCUACUAAACUGUGGCCUGUUCACCGAAGGUACGGAUAUUCCCAACGUCGACUGCGUCUUACUAGCGCGGCCCACUCGAUCCCGGAAUCUUCUCAUUCAGAUGAUCGGUCGAGGAUUGCGACUCUACCCGGGCAAGAAAGACUGCCAUAUCAUCGAUAUGGUGGCCACACUGGACACCGGUGUUCUCUGCACUCCAACUCUAUUCGGUCUACAUCCCGACGAAGUGCUCAACAAAACCAGACCGCAAGAUCUGAAACACAAACAAAUAGCACCCCCUGACGAAUCCGAUGAACAACAACCAUCCCUAUCCCAAUCAGAUCCUUCCAACCCAUCCGACGAAAUCAGACUAACCUUCACCAAAUACGACACCAUCUACGACCUCAUCCACGACAUGAAAUCCGAAAAACACAUCCGAUCCCUCAGUCGUUAUGCAUGGGUCCGUGUCGGUGAAGACCGAUACAUCCUCUCAGAUUCAUCCGGCUGGGUAACCAUCCAAAAGGACCCCAGCGCCACCAAAGACCCAGAAACACCCCCAUGGACAGUCUACCACGUCACCAAAUUUAAUUCCCCCACCUCUGAGAAACCCCAGUACACUCGACCGCGCCUGAUCGCCUCAGCAGAGAGUUUCGAAUCCGCCGUGCACGCGGCCGAUACCUUUGCGGCGAGCGAGUUCGACGACCGAUAUGUCUCCGCACGUCAGCCCUGGCGACAGCAUUCGGCCACCGGGUCCCAGGUGGAGUUUUUGAACCGGGCGCGGAUCCGCAAAGGGAAGAUUUCAAAUGGGCAUUUGACGAGGGGCCAGGCGGCGGAUCUGAUCACAAAGUUGAAGUUUGGAGGGAAGAAACGAUUCGAGGCACAUAUGAAGGCACGAAAACGGCAUGAUGAUACUCUGGCGAAGUUUGCGAAGUUGCAGGAACGAGAGACGGUGAGGGUAGGACCUGUUUCCAACUAA